AUGAAAGAAGAAGAGGAGAGAAGUAAAAUAGAGAAAGGAAAAGAAGGAGCUAUUGUGGAUCUUAUGCAAGUGCUUCUUGCCAGCACUAAAGAAGUUAAGGAACAAAAUGAUGGGUUUGUUGAUGUGGUGAAGAAAACCAAAGGAAAUAAUGGAAUUUUUUUUUCAAAAGAAGCUACAGGGGGGAAAAACAGUUUUCGAUUCAGGGGCAUCAAGGGAAUUUCUCGAAAAAUGAAGGGGUAUAAUGGGAAUAAUCAGGAAAAAUUGGCAUUUAGUUUUGAUAGAGGUGGGAAGACAGGAGGUAAAAAUGGGCAGGGGUAUUAUGGGAAUAUUCAGCCAAUGAAAGGAAAGUCUAAUGAUUCAAAGAUUGAACAGGGGAAAAGUUGGAAAAGUAACAAGGUUAUGGGAAAGAACAAGGAUGGGGGUGAUGUUUCGGAAGUCAAAGGGUUUGUGGGGAAUAAUUCUAUAAGUCGGCCUGACCAGGAAGCUAAAAAAUCAGAAGCAGGGGUGAAUUUUAAUGGUAGCAGGCAGGGCUAUAUUCCGAAAUCUGGGGCUCGAUUUCAAAAUCGAUAUUAUGGCUUGCUUUUAAAAUCGAUUUCAUUAAUUUUAUAUAAGAAGGGUACAUAUGACCUAAUUUUAUAUAAGAACUCUAGAACUGAUACGUACCUUUCUCUUUGA